AUGGCUAUCAUUCCUGGAGGGGGAAAAUUAUAUCUCAGUUUAGAUUCGAUUUGUAUGGAUGAAGGGAUUAUGGAGAGCCAACUAGAUCUUUAUGGUCCUAAAUUACUGAAUAGCAUAAAUUGCUCUGGUUUGCCUUCACAUAAAUUAAUACUCAAGGUUGGUGUUCCGGUGAUGUUACUGAGGAAUUUUGACCAAUUCAGUGGUCUUUGUAAUGGUACAAGGCUACAAGUUAGGAAGCUUGAAAAUCAUGUCAUAGAAUGUGAAGUCUUAACGGGUAACAAUGUUGGUCAUAUUACUUUGAUUCCAAGAAUGAAUAUGGUUUCACUCACCUUUUUAGGAAAAGAAAUGUCUUCCGUAGAAAUUCUUGCUCAGUGGGUCGAUGUCACAGUCUUAGGAGAGGAACCUCUGGUUGACACUGAUUUUAUUACUGACCUUCGCACUCGUCACCGGCUCUGCACCUCUGAUGAGGAUGAGCCAAAAGAUGGCGAGGAAGAAUUCCAAUGA